AGGUUGUCUUCAAACGCAUUGGACUCGGUUCCAUGCCCGCAUGGGACCCGAUUUAGCUCCGCUGGCCAGAAGAAUGGAUGCUUGUUGCAGGUUUUGCAGAGCUAGAUGGGAGAAAUAGGGAUUGAUAAUAGAACAACAGGAUUGCAUCUUUUGCACGAAAGAAAGAUCCAUCUUUCUUCGAGUUCAUUGUUAGAUUGUACAAUGAUCCCUUUAAAAUUUGGAGUACUUUGAGAGGAUGCCGCCUCGAGCGGAGACUCCAGCGAGGAGGAGGGGUUUGGAUGCUGGAGACGAUCUCAGUGGAGGUUCUGAAGGCGAUGACGAGGACGAGGGGGGGUGGAGCUCACCAGGGGAUCACGAAGUUUGCCGAAGGUGCAAGAGCGUUUAGGGUGGUUUUCUUGAAGAUUAUGAAGAAGAAUCUUCCAAACGAUCCACUGGGACCCAUAUUGUUGACACACAGGAAGCUUAUUGCUGAGAAGCUCACGGAAGAGGAAGUUGAGCAUAAGGUGAAGGGUGAAGCCAAGAAAGAGAAGCAUUUGGCAGCAGAAAAAGGGCAUGUAAAGCCAGCUAAUUUCUUAGGUUCAAAGGAGAAAUCUCUUAUCAGUAUUGCCACAAAAGGAGUGAUCAAGUUAUUUAAUGCGGUAAGUAAGGCACAGAAUUCUCAGAAAGGCUUGAAUCCUUCAAAGUCAAAAGAUGCAAAAGUGCUGGCAAAACAAAGAAACAAACUUUCUUGUCAGAACUACAAAAGCCAACAACACAAGCUCUUAACAGCCCUUCAUCAUUCAACUCUUCAAGGUGGUGAGAAAGCAUUGAUACUCAGAUCUGUAUAACCUUGCUGUUGAUUUUGCUGUAAAUCCUUCAAUCUUCCUGUGUUCUAUGUUUAUCUGGGGUAGUUUAUCCUCAGGAGCCUGCUUUUACCAAGGUAGCUAUGAUUUGAUAUUCCUGAAAUUCUUGCAACAAUAUUCUCUUAAACUGCACAAAUUCUUUAAAUACGUCUUGUUGGCUGUCAUUUAUUCUCUCAUUUUGUGUGCCUUUUGAAAUGGCAUAUGGAAGUUGUAUGGCUCGUUUUUUCUUUGGUUUUUAAGAGCAGAAUUUUCAUCUUGAUCCAUGAGGCUGAUUCACAAGAACUACUUGGGAACUUGUGGAUCAACGAGAAAGCAAUGAAACGGAACUUGUUCUUCAUAUAAAUCUUGUUGGCUUUAGUUCACGAGAGAUUUAUCAUAGGCUGUGGAAACCAAAAUGUGAAAGGUUAUAUAUAGGUGAGUUUGGAGGAAUGCUUUAUUUAGAAACUCAUUUUCAGCUGAGGUAUAUAUUUGUGGUGUAUUUUAGCUACAUUGAGCAUUGGCUUGAUAUAUGAUAUUGUUUUUUGCUUGGCCAAGUAUAUUAUGACAUUGACUAGAUUUGUGGGCGAGCAGGAUGCCAAGGCAAUGGACCUAGUCCAGGUUAUCUUGCCCAGGCAACUGACUGAGCACAAAGUCAAAACAUUCUUGAUCCAAUUUUGUUAUUUAUAUCAUCAUAUUUUUCAUAGCAUAUCAAUAAUUGACAUAUUAUCUAUCAUCCUUAAGGCAUAAACAAUGAACAUAAACAUUUAAAAGACAAUAUGCUGUAGUUUGUAAGAUCUGUAUUGAAACAACAAUGUGUUACAUCUGUAUCAUUGUUGUCCUAGCUCAAAUGAUAGAAAUUGCCAGGUUUUGCCAAUUGUUUUUCUUCCUAGAGACUGGAAACUGGAGCUUGGAUGUAGAAUUUUGAAGGAAAGGUCAUUUCAGUUCACCUCUUUUUCACAUUUUAACAUGCCUUAAGGCACACACAUGAAUAUAAACAAUCAAAAGACACCUUAAAGAUAUAACAUAGUUUGUAAAUCUAUACAGAAUGUAUGUAUGUACGUAUGUAUAUAUUAAUUAUCGUUGUCUUAGAUCAACUAGUAGAGAUUUCUAGGCUUGCCCAAAUGUGUCUUGUGUGUAUUGCUAGAGACGAAAGAAUUGGAGCUUAGGCCUAUAGCUUUGAAGGAAAGAAUAUUCCGGUCACUUGUUUCCAUGAUAUGUCAUAUCGUACUGAAUCGGACAGUAUGAGCAUGCUGUACUAUACCAGUAUAUAGUAUGGGGAGCAUACCGAUACUCGGUACGCUGAAUCAGCCCCUAUACUGGGUGUACCAAAAUAGUGACAAGGUGGCACUUAGCAUACCUUGCUUGUUUCAUACUAUUUAUUUUUAUCACUACUAUUUGAUGUUUCCUUGGAUCCAAUUUGAUGCAUCCGUCUUCCAUCUUAGCAUUCAUCUGUCAACAUGACAAGAAAUAAAAUUUGAUGUAUGUAUGUAUGUAUAUAUGCAUAUAUGUUUGUAUUAUUGUUGUCUUAGAUCAACUGCUAGAUAUUUCUAGGCUUGCCUAAAUGUGUCUGGCUAGAGGAUAGAGAACUGGAGCUUGGGCUUAGGGCUUUGAAGGAAAGAACAUUUCUGGUCACUUGUUUCAUAAUAUUUUUUUUAUCAAUACUAUUUGAUGUUUCCUUGGAUCCAAUUUGAUGUAUUUGUCUUCCAUGUUGGCAUUCAUCUGUCAACAUUCAAGAAAUUACAAUGAAAUAUUUUAAAAGUUUAAAUUCAUAUCAAUCUCUAGACACGCAUGCAGAGAUAUGUAUAUCCACACAUAAAUGUUUGUUUCCACAUAUUGUAUAUAUUACAAGUGUCUAUCUGUAUAUUAUAUGUGGGCAUGCAUAUGUAUGUAUGAUCAUCUAAGUGAGGGUCGCCUAGGCAACGUGAGGCAUGACAACUGCCCAGGCACCCAGGCUACAACAAUGUUUUGGAGUGGUAUGACCAUUUGACAUCUUUAACUGCUUUAGUGUUUUGGCUUCUAUUUAUUUUCGGGGAAUCUGAAAGCAAUAUUAAGAUUUUCAAUUUUAAUUUCGUUUUUUGUUGGCUUCUUAUAUGUGAAGUGACUCUAAGACACAUGGUUAAGGCUAACUUUUUAGACUUCUAAAUCUACAUAAAAUGGAAGUUGUAUUUCUAACCUUUUAUUUGUCUACAGCUUCAUAAUAUUUUACACUAGUCCAUUUCCAUUAAAAAUAAUUGCAUGUGGGUUGUGUAUAAUUUAAAUAUGGUCAUAUCUUGAGCAAGUAGGUUCUAUUCCUUUGGAUCAUUCUGGUUAACCUUGGCAUCUAUUGUAAAUAACAUGCUUUGUGCAGGCUCAAAUUCUACAAAUAACAAACAUAGCAACGAGCCUGGGUGGACUCCAUGAUGUGACACUUACAUGCUUAGUUCGAAGUUGAAGGACUGGGACAAAAUGCCAGAUUUUGCUGGAGCUGUUGAUCAAGACAAUGUUUCUCUGGAGAGUUCCUCUGAUGAGGAAUAAAAACUGGAAAGCUUAAGAAUCAGAUUCAUGCACUGGGGCAGAUUUAGAGGUUGUUACAACAACAGAGAUAUAUAGUUAGCAUCAACAUUCUAUAAAUAUUGGAGCAAGAGGUCCGGGUUUUCCAUGUUCUGUCCAAAGAGCUUCAAUACUGCCAAUGAACACCGGUUCACUGAUUUUUGCUGUCAUUGCCUUUCUUUUAAAGCUUUUCCACCUUGUAGCUUCAGAUAGCGAGCAAAUCCUGUUGUAACUUAUUUUGCAAAAUUGUAGCUCAGUGCUGAUAUGUUGAAUUUUCAAACUGCCUAUAGAUCCAUUAUGAAGGAUUUAGAAAGGGAAAUUUGCAUCCCCUUUUGGUAUCUGUAUUAGAAGGCAUUCACAAGCAAAUGUUCUUGAUAAAGUAAAUGGAUGCUUAAGAGGUUGUUUUAA